AUGUUAUUAGUGAGAGUGGAAGCCAGUCCACUGCAAAGAUCAUCAGCGCCUUUGGAGCUGAUAAACUUAAUUGCUUUGGAGGAGCCCUGUAUCAGGCAAGGCGGCAUGUGUCGGAUGAUCGAGGACUGCGACGAGGGCAACUUAGUACAAAUGAGAGGCGUCCUGUGUCCAAAACAGAGGCAUCUUGGCGUUGAGUGUUGCUACCUUUGA